AUGGCAUCCAAGUCCUCCGCCAACAAGAAAGCCGCCUCUGGCUGCAGCUGCCGCUGGUUCUCGCUCCGCAGCCUCAGCCUGCUCGCCGUCUUUUUGGCCCUUUUCUCGGCUCUGUACAACUUCCUCGAUGCGCGACUCAAUCAAUUUUAUAUCUUCGAUCCGGAGCAUCUGCAUGACCUCUCGCAGCGCGCGAUCAAGGCUCAUGGCGAGGACACUCGGUCUAUCGUUGACUUUAUCGUCGCCGAGUUGCAGGAGAAAGUCGGCGAGAAGUACUUGAGUACCGAGGAGGAAUGGGUGUUCAACAACGCUGGCGGUGCCAUGGGCGCCAUGUACGUGAUUCAUGCCAGCAUCACCGAGUAUCUCAUCAUCUUCGGUACCGCCAUCGGCACCGAGGGCCACACCGGCCGCCACACCGCAGACGACUACUUCAACAUCCUCUCGGGUGAACAACUCGCCUACGUCCCCGGUAGCUUUGAGGCCGAGCGCUACCCCGCUGGUACCGUACACCACCUGGUUCGUGGCCAAGUCAAGCAGUACAAGAUGGACAGCUCGUGCUUCGCGCUCGAGUACGCCCGUGGUUGGAUCCCUCCCAUGCUGUUCUUUGGCUAUGCCGACACAUUCUCGAGCACGCUGGAUUUCCCAACUUUGUGGGCCACUACCCGUGUGACGGCGCGGGAGAUGGUGGGCAACCUGUUGCAAUUCAAGCUCUAG